AUGGAACCUUCCACAUAUUCAGAGCGUAAAUCUUUCCAACAACAAUCUCAAUGGCCCAUUCCGGCUCCGGGGGAUUUUGAUUUGUCUAAUAACAAUUUCACACCGGAAAUCCAAAAAGCCCCCAACAAUUCCAAAAAACAUAAAAAAGUUAUAAUUGGUGUCCUUGUACCUGUUUGUGGUUUAUCAGUGGUUGCAAUUACAAUUGCUCUGAUUCGUAUGUUCCAUAAGAAAACCAAGCGUGCUCUUAAGAAAAUCAAUAGUGCUGAAAACUUUGAGAAUUUUGAGUCAAUGAUAUUGCAAGAAGAAGUAAAAUUUACGUUUGGGGAAGUUGUAAAGGCCGUAGACGAUUUUCAUGAAAAGUACUGUAUUGGAAAAGGAGGAUUUGGAAGAGUAUACAAGGCAGAAUUGCUAUCAGGUCAAGUUGUUGCCGUUAAGAGGCUUAACAUGUCAGACUCUAACGACAUUCCAGCAAUCAAUCUCCAAAGUUUUGAGAAUGAAAUCCGAACUCUAACAAAUGUCCGGCAUAGGAACAUCAUUCGGCUAUAUGGGUUCUGUUCAAGGAGGGGAUGCAUCUUCUUGCUUUAUGAAUAUUUAGAGAGAGGCAGCCUGGGAAAGGCAUUGUAUGGGGUUGAUGGGCUCAUGCACUUUCUUACUUGCACCAUGACUGCUCUCCACCAAGUGCACCGUGAUGUCAACAAUGUGUUGCUCGAGUCAGAUUUCGAAGCCCGACUUUCUGAUUUUGGAACAGCAAGACUGAUUAGUGCCAAUUCAUCCAACUGGACCCAUAUUGUUGGCUCAUUUGGCUACAUGGCACCAGAGCUUGCAUUGACAAUGCGAGUCACGGAUAAGUGUGAUGUGUAUAGCUUUGGAGUGGUGGCGCUGGAAGUUAUGAUGGGAAGGCACCCAGGGGAUUUGCUAGAAUCCCAGCUUUCAGAAUCAUCACAAUCAAUGAAGGAGGACAAUGCAAAGUUGCUUUUGAAGGAUUUGUUAGACCAAAGGCUGGAGGCUCCAAGGAAUGAAUUGGCCAAGGCAGUGGUGCUUGUGAUGAGUUUAGCCUUGGCUUGUAUACGUACGCGUCCCGGGUCUCGACCUACGAUGCUUUAUGUGGCACAAAAACUAUCAGCUCAGAGACUGCCUUCCCUUCCCGAACCAUUUGGCAUGCUAACCAUCAACAAGCUGAUGGGGAUAUACAACUAG